AUGAUAGAGGAUAAUAAUAAUAAUACAAUUGUUAAUAAUACUACAAGUAGCUCUUCAUUGUUGGUUUUAGAGAGCGAAACAGCAUCAAUAUCUACAGAUGAUUCAAAACGUUCAGUUGUAAUGGACUACUAUGACAAGGUGAUUAUGGCACCGAUGGUACGUGUCGGUACACUCCCAAUGAGAUUGCUUGCCAAAGAAUAUGGAUGUGACAUUGCAUACAGUGAGGAACUAAUCGAUUUGAAAGUUUCUCAAACAAAAAGAGUUAUCAAUAAAUCAUUGGGUACAAUCGAUUUCAUUGCAAAAGAUAAUACUAUUACAUAUAGAACAUGUGCUGAAGACACUCUGAAUGUACUUCAAUUAGGUACUGCUUCUGCUACCACUGCAUUGGCUGCUGCUCAAGUUGUUGUAAAUGAUGUCUGUGCUAUUGAUAUCAAUAUGGGUUGUCCAAAGUUCUUCUCUGUUCAAGGUGGUAUGGGUUCUGCUCUACUUUCUAAACCAGACACUAUAAAAGAUAUUUUAACAACAUUGAUUAGAAAUCUACCAUUACCAGUGACCUGUAAGAUUAGAUUGUUGGAAGAUGAUAAUAAGACGAUCGAUUUGAUGAGAAUCAUUGAGAAUACAGGUGUUAAAGCGAUUGGUGUUCAUAUGAGAACGAUACCGGAGCGACCGAGAGAUCCAGCGCAUUGGGAUCGUCUGAAGAACAUUCUCGACAAUGCCAAGUUCUCUGUUCCCAUCAUUGCGAACGGCGAUAUCUUUGUCAACGAGGAUAUCGAGAAGGUCAAGAAGAUGACCGGUGCCAACUCUGUCAUGGUGGCACGCGGUGCCAUCAAGAAUAUCUCCGUAUUCAAAGCGGGUGCGCCAGAUCCACUGGAACAUGUCAUCAAACGAUAUUUGCGAUUGGCAAUGCUCAAAGACAACUUCUAUAACAACACCAAGUACGUUGUCAAUCAAAUGAUUCAGGAGAAUGAAAUGCAAAAGACUGUAGAAGGAAAAGCAUCGACAUCAGCAAAAGGUUAUGAUCAACUAUGUAAAAUUUGGGGAUUGGAAAAAGAUUUGGAAAACUAUUUAAACUAUAAGAAAUUGGAAACACAAUCAAUUAAAAAUCAAUCAAAUAAUAAUAAUAAUAAUAAUAAUAAUAACAAAAAUAAUAAUACAAAUCAAAAAAGAACUAUCAAUGAAGAAAAAAAAGAAACAACAACUACAAUUACAAAUUCAACAAUUUCAAAUUUAAAUGAACAAGAUAAAAAUGAACAACAACAAGAACCAAGUUCAAAGAAACAUAAAACUGAAAUAGAAGAUAAUAAUAAAGAUUAA